AUGUGUAAAAUAUGCGAACUUGGUUACUUUUUAGUUUCUGACACCAAAGAAUGUGUUACAAGUUGUGCUGAUGGAUACUACGUGGUUGAGGGGUCAGACACCGAACCUAAAAUGUGUGUUAAAUGUAGCAAAAAUUGUAUUUCAUGUUCAGGAAUUCAAGGAGAAUUCUGUUCAAAAUGUGAAUUAAAUUACUUUUUAUAUGAUGAAAAUAUGCCACAGGGGUGUCAAAGUCGGUGUGAUGAUGGGUAUUAUAAAACCACAGAAAAUGAAAUAGCCAAAUGUAAGAAAUGUUCUGUUAUCGAAAAUUGUAUAACAUGUAAAUCCGAAACAAAAUGCGUCAAAUGUGGUAAUAACCAAUACGUUCAAGAAGAUGGUACAUGUGGAGAUACUUGUCCAGAAAAACAUAGAAAGGGUGAUGGGGUUUGUGAAGAAUGUCCAUCACUUUGUAGUGAUUGUCAAGAAUCUGGUAAAUACGCAUGCGAUGUUUGUGAUUCAAACACUUACAUUCUUGAAAACAAAACAUGUUCAAAAACAUGUGGAGAUAAUUAUGGAGCAAUUAAAGACACAACACCAAAUUGGACAUGCAAGAGAUGUUCUGAUUAUUAUUGUAAAACAUGUGAAAUAUCUACAGAGGAGACAUGUGUUGAAUGCCAAGACAAUUACUACUACAAGAGAGAAAGAAAUGUAUGUGGAAAUCAAUGCGACUUGACCACACACUUUGUGAACGUUACAGAAAAGUCGCAAACGUGCUUAAUGUGUAACAAAGAGUUCCCAAAUUGUCAAACCUGCACAUCACAACGGUGCACCAAAUGUGAACUCAAUUAUUACACCCAACCAGAUCCUCCAUAUUUAUGCGAAAGAGAUUGUCCAAUUGGUUAUUUAAAUAUUUAUGGUGUUUGUACAAAAUGUGUUGAUAAUUGUUUGGAUUGUGAUAAUUAUUUAUGUUUCACUUGUGAAGACAAAUACGGUCUUAGCGAAGACAGAUUAACGUGCGAACACUGUGAAGAUAAAAAGUGUUUAAAAUGCAGCCUAGGAAAAGAAAAGUAUGAUAAAUGCGAAUCUCCUAAAUUAGUAGGAAAAGAUUUAACUUGUGUGGAUACAUGCGAGAGUGGUUAUUUUAGUUUCAAUAAUGUAAGUUGUAUAAAAUGUGAUGAUAUUAAUUGUGCAGUUUGUGAUAGAUUUUAUUGCAAGGAAUGUGUGUUGGGAAAAUUUUUGUUUAGUGGAUACUGA